AUGGGCUUCAUGUCCCUUGGAAUCGAAGGGGAAAGCUGCGCCCCCGGGUUGGAGACGCUGCCACGCCGAUCUUAUGUCUCGAGGGCGAAUGGUUGGAGAGACUUGGAGUGGUCAGCGACAUUCGAGUCUGCGGUGGAAGUACUCAGUCUCGCUCGUCGUCAUCGCAACUCGCAGGCAUCGUACUUCACCAACGUUUCCACUCUCCCAGCUUUCCGGCUCCCCCGCGCCGCGCAUCUGCUCGCCGCCGUCUCACACCCGAGGUCUCGUUCGACUUCGCCGCACGUUCUCAUCUUCUCCAACUCUACGCACCUCCCCCACAGGAUGUCUGAUCAUGGCGACGUCGCAGCAUGCGCUCGAUAUGGCGCCGAUACGCCAGUCCUCAAGUAUGGGUUAAGGAGAGCCACUCCCCUUUCUGAAAUAACCGUCGGAGACGAGGUCGUCGGUCCGGACGGCAGCCCGAGAACAGUGACAGCGGUGCGAAAGGGACGGGGGCGUCUAGUUAAGAUGAGGCUUAAGAACCGAGGAGGCACCGACACCUCGAGUCUCCGCCCUCUUCACGUGGGAGAGAUGACCCCCUUAUCCGUCUUACGACCCCGAGCCAUCCAAGGCGUUUCGCAAGCCUUGCAAGGUGUCUCACUCGAGGGCGCUCGCGCAAGCUUGGCCGCUGCCCUCGGCACCCAAAUCGACCCACCCGUCACUACCGAGGGUGAAGAGAACCCGACCGUCGAGUAUGAUGGGAGCGCCUCCUUUCAGGUCGUUAUGGGAAAGCUCUUGCAGUACUACUUCUCGGUCCCGAGAUCGUCCUCGGCAGUCACUACCUUGGUCAACAAGAUCUUCGGCACCUCAGGUCUCCAACCUCGGGCGGGAGCCUUCUACGUCGAGAAGAGGGUGAAGGGAAAGAUGGUGGAGAAGAAGUUCGUUUACGGCAACGAGAAGUACUGCGCGUCCGAAGGCGUAGACCCCCAGUACUUCACCUCUAAGGAAGAAGCGCUGCAGGCGGCGGUGGUGGAGGCGAGGAAAUCAAGGAAGGUCGGGGUUUCCAUCUUUACCCUGGAGCAAAGGCUCGAGGAGCUCGUGGCGAGAGGCUACAAUCUGCAGGCCGAAAUUCAAGUUGAUUCCUCGCUGCCUGGCAUCCGCUUGAGGAAGAGAGGUAACGGCCUCCCCAGCCUGCGCGUUGUCGUUCAGCCAUCAUCCGAUAGAUCGCGAGGCAAGAAGAAAGGUUUCACGAAAGCGUUCUCUUUUCGGGGCCCGCCGACUCUAGACCUCCCGCCCGAUGCCGCGCCGAUGCCAUACGACUUGCCUGUUACUGCGGACGAGCAAGUCUUCACCACCGGACACACGCUGAUGGUUCGCGACCAUCUCGCCAUGACCGAGGACGAGGCCCCCAAGUGGCGACUCCAUCGGUCUCAGUCUGUCGACUAUCCGGAGCAGCCGGUUCCCGUGGACCCCAUGUUCCUCGGCCUCUGGCUGGGGGACGGGUCCAGGUACGAUACCCGCGUGUUCAACAGCCGCGAGGACCCCAUCAUGAAGUUCCUUGCCCGCAACGCUGCCAGAUUGGAGAUGUACCUCUCAUGGCAACACGGCAUCGCGUUCGCGACCAUCAUGCGUCCUGGUGGCGCCCUCCCGCCCGCCUCAGACAGCAUGGACAUCCCCCUUCCGCCGAAACGCGAGACCUACGUAUCGAUCUACAAGCGGCGUGUGGCCAGUGGGUGGACUAGGACGCAAUCGAAGGAUGACGCGGGACGAUGGAUUUGGCUUUUGCCGGACGGCUCCGAGUGGUGCGGGACGAGAACAGAUGAGCUCGAGGACGGCCUCCUCGACUACGGCCCCGCACCCGCGAUGAACGAAGAGGAGAUGCUGGCGCAGGAGCAGGCCUUCUAUGAACGCGUUGUCACCGUUGUCGACGUCGACGCUGACUCUAUCGAUGCUGCGCCGGCAGCACGAGGAGAGAUUGAUGGCGAGCACUCCGAGGACGAGGGUUCCGAGGUCGAGAGCCGAAAGGACAAGAACUACGAGGCUGCCGACGAAACGACCUCCGUUCCAGGCGAAGACGGUCUGGCCGACUCGUUAAGGCGGCUUCACCUCGACGAGACCGCCUUCGGUGAUCUGCACCCCCAGGAGGCCGAAACACUGACGGACGCCAUCAUCACAGCUGAGGGCGAGGUCGAGGCGGCCAGCCAGGAGGAGACAGAAGGCUUUCGUGAGCGACGCCCAAGCCGGAACCGUCUUCUGCGCAUAAUGCAGAACCUCGGCAUCAUCACCCCUCCCGACCGCAAGGGACCGCAGAAUGACACCAAACGAAUCCCCGCCGUUUACCUCUUUAAUAGCCGCGACGUUCGUCUGCGUCUCGCGGCUGGUCUGCUCGACUCGGAUGGGACAUAUAACCCCAUUACUAAUUCAUAUUCCCUCGUGCAGGCCGAUGCCUGGCACGGCAAGCUGUUCGCGGACAUUCACUUGCUGUUCCGAUCACUCGGCUUCGUCACAAACGUGCAGUCCUACGUUUUCGAAGAUCGCAAGUAUUCCUGCCUGUAUAUUGGCGGUGAGAACCUGCACGAUAUCCCGUGCUUGUUGGCGCGCAAGCGCGCGCCAGUCAACGCCCGGAUCAAGAAAGGGAUGAGGGGCUUUAGAUUCGAGGGGACGCCUGACGUCCAAGAGUCUGACUGGAUAGAACUUGAGAUCACGGGCGACUCGAAGUUUGUGCGGGACGACCUGCUCGUCCUCUGUGCCGGUUCAGGGCCGAACGAGUUUGCCCGCGUAGAGGUCGAAUCUGACGAGGAGAAGGCGGAGCGCGUCGCUGAACUAAGGCGAGCGCGCUGGGACACAAAACCUGACCAGGACGAGGACACGGCCCUCGAGUGUUUGUUCGACACCCUGAGGUUUGAACCAGAGGACAAUAAUGACGCCGAGUGUACGAAGGAGAGCGCGGCGAGCGAGCUCAGCGACCUGAGCGAUCUCAGCGACGAGUAA